GUUAGUAAAUAAAAUUUUCUUUCUGUCCAUGUGAUAUUUUUUUAUUAUUAAAUAUUCUAACCAUAUAUUAUAUUAAUAUACUAAUCAAUAAAUUAGUGAAUAAAAAUAAAAAUAGACAAUGACACGUUUUUUUCGUAAAAUACGAAUCGAAAGAUUAGCUUUUGUUGGUUUAUUUACACAAAGAGAACCAAACUUUGAUGUAGUAACAACACCAGGUUAUGAUCCCGAUGAUUCUGAUGAACCGAAAAAAGGAAUGGAAGGAUUGCGUCGUGUCUUUUGGCCAUCAAAAUAUGGAGAACUAUCACCAGAAUUAGUAACAUUAAUGAGCAUGACAACCGGUAGCGCAAUGUUAGGAGCAAUGUACGGAGCAUCAGUGAAUGCACGUAUUGCUUUCCUUAGAUUUAUUGAAACCAAUGAUGCGACUAAGUUCGCUAAUCAUCUAGAAGCUAAACGAAUGUUGCAACAUAAUGUUACAAUUAGUCUAGGUAAAGGAGCAUGGAAAUGGGGCUUCCGAAUUGGAAUGUUUUCAACUAUUUUUUUAACAACAAGUACAGCAGUAGCUGCUUGGAGAGGUGAAAAUGGUAUAAUAGAAUACGUAAUUGCUGGUAUAACUGCUGGUGGAGCAUUCAAGAUGAACAUGGGUUUGAAAGGAUUUAUAGCUGGUUCAUUAGUUGGUGCUUUUGUUGGUUCAUUAACUGGAUUAUUUUUCGAUAGCAUUUUUUGGGUAACUGGUACAUCCAUGAAAAGUUUACAAGAAACACAGAAGAAAAUUUAUGAACUCCGUGAAGAAGCAAUACAAAAGAAAAGGGACGAACAAGUGAGUAAAGAGUAUGCUAAACUGCAACAUGAAAUUAUGGAAGACCCACUGGCAACUAAUCCAGAAACACAAAAAGAAGACAAUAAAUAAUAAAACUAAUGCAGUUUUUUUGUA